CCGGCUCUCCUUCCUCCCCUUCCCUUCCCCACCCACCUCGCCAUCUCCGCCUUCCUUCCUUCCUCACCCACCACCAUGGCCGCGCACUCCGUCGCCGCCGCGCACGCCACCAUGGCCGCGCCAGCCGGGGCCGCCUCCUCCGCCUGCUCCGCCCCGGCAGAGCGCCUCGGGUUCCGCCUCAGCUCGCUCGCCGGCCGCGGCCUCCGCCUCCCUUCCCGCCCUUCCGCCGCCUCGUCUUCCUCCUCCCGACGGACCAACCGGGUGCGCGCGGCCGCGUCGGUGGAGACGGUGCAGGGGCAGGCGGCGACGGGGGCGCUGCUGGACAAGUCGGUCAACACGAUCCGGUUCCUGGCCAUCGACGCCGUCGAGAAGGCCAACUCGGGCCACCCGGGCCUGCCCAUGGGCUGCGCGCCCAUGGGCCACAUCCUCUACGACGAGGUCAUGCGCUACAACCCCAAGAACCCAUACUGGUUCAACCGCGACCGCUUCGUCCUCUCCGCCGGCCACGGUUGCAUGCUCCAGUACGCCCUCCUCCACCUCGCCGGAUACGACGCCGUCAAGGAAGCCGACUUGAAGCAAUUCAGACAAUGGGGAAGCUCGACCCCGGGCCACCCUGAGAACUUUGAGACCCCUGGAGUUGAAGUCACCACUGGUCCUCUUGGUCAGGGUAUUGCAAACGCGGUCGGAUUGGCACUUGCCGAGAAGCACCUGGCUGCUCGUUUCAACAAGCCUGACAGUGAAAUUGUUGAUCACUACACGUAUUGUAUUGUGGGAGAUGGGUGCCAAAUGGAGGGUAUCUCCAACGAAGCUUGCUCAUUGGCUGGGCAUUGGGGUCUCGGCAAGCUGAUUGCUUUCUAUGAUGACAACCACAUUUCCAUUGAUGGAGACACAGAAAUUGCUUUUACAGAGGAUGUGAGCACCCGCUUUGAGGCUCUUGGGUGGCACACAAUCUGGGUUAAGAAUGGCAAUGAUGGCUACGACGAGAUCCGUAAAGCCAUCCAGGAAGCAAAAUCAGUGACUGACAAGCCCACUCUAAUCAAGGUGACUACUACAAUUGGUUUUGGAUCUCCCAACAAGGCCAACUCAUACAGUGUGCACGGAGCUGCCUUGGGUACCAACGAGGUCGAAGCAACCAGGCAAAACCUUGGAUGGCCCUAUGAGCCAUUCUUUGUGCCUGAGGAUGUCAAGAGCCACUGGAGCCGUCAUGUGCCCGAAGGUGCUGCACUUGAGGCUGAUUGGAAUUCUAAGUUUGCUCAGUAUGAGAAGAAGUACCCAGAAGAUGCCGCAGCCUUGAAAAGUAUCAUCACAGGGGAGUUGCCCGCUGGCUGGGCUGAUGCUCUUCCUCAAUACACUACCGAGAGCCCAGCAGACGCCACUAGGAAUCUCUCUCAGCAGUGCUUGAAUGCACUCGCUAAAGUUGUGCCUGGUCUUCUGGGAGGCAGUGCUGAUCUUGCAUCCUCCAACAUGACAUUGCUCAAGAUGUUUGGUGACUUCCAGAAGGAUACGCCUGAGGAGCGCAAUGUCCGCUUUGGAGUCAGGGAGCAUGGAAUGGGUGCCAUCUGCAAUGGCAUUGGGCUGCACACCCCAGGGCUCAUUCCAUACUGUGCUACUUUCUUUGUUUUCACUGACUACAUGAGAGGUGCCAUGAGGAUCUCAGCCUUGUCCGAAGCUGGAGUCAUCUAUGUUAUGACCCAUGACUCUAUUGGUCUUGGUGAAGAUGGUCCGACCCAUCAACCCAUUGAGCACUUGGCGAGCUUCCGUGCAAUGCCGAACAUGCUGAUGUUCCGCCCUGCUGAUGGCAAGGAGACUGCUGGGGCAUACAAAGUCGCGGUCCUCAACAGGAAGAGGCCAUCUAUUCUUGCUCUCUCCAGGCAAAAGCUGCCUCAUCUGCCUGGUACAUCAAUUGAGGGUGUUGAGAAGGGUGGGUACACUAUCUCUGACAACUCAACUGGCAACAAGCCGGACUUCAUCAUAAUGAGUACUGGUUCUGAACUAGAGAUUGCUGUCAAGGCUGCCGAAGAGUUGACGAAGGAGGGGAAGACUGUCCGUGUUGUGUCAUUUGUUUGCUGGGAACUUUUCGACGACCAGUCAGAUGAAUACAAGGAGAGCGUUCUCCCUGAGGCUGUCACUGCAAGAAUCAGCAUUGAGGCAGGGUCUACUCUUGGAUGGCAAAAGUAUGUCGGAUCUAAGGGCAAGACCAUUGGCAUCGACAAAUUCGGUGCUAGUGCUCCUGCUGGGAUUAUCUACAAGGAGUACGGUAUCACCGCGGAGAGCGUCAUUGCUGCAGCCAAGAGCCUCUAAGAUCAUACAGUUCAGAGUUUUUGUCAUCAUUGAUGUCAAUGAACACUACAAAGUUUCGAGCCUGAAGAUUGGAAUAAUGGAGAGGGAGAGGAUUACCCAUGACGGAGCGUGAGUGGUAUUUUAGGCCUGUAAUAAACAUUGCCUUUUCCAUUUGCGUUUGUUUUAUUCAAUCGCCCCUUAGAUGAUUCAUGAAGGCGAGCCUGAUUAAAUGGGGACUGGUUCUGGUAAUGUUUACAUUGAACUGAUGGUCGUGUUUACGAUGUUCUGUUCUCCCCGAGAACAUCAUCUCAACGGGUUUAUGUUACACUCUGCCCUUUAGUGCUUGUAGUUUGCUCCUCUUUUCUUUCUCUCCUACACAAAGGCUUUGAUGCCUACUGUUACCAGUGCAAUAAACAUAGAGUGAUUUCCAUC